UACAUCAUCGUACACAGACGUGAGAUUUAAUUAUUAUUAUUCUUACAUAUUUGCCUUUAUGUUGUUCUAUAGUAACAUUCAAGCUGUAGCUUUAGAAUUGGGGAACUUGGAACGAGACAGCACAGAUACUUGCUACUGGUGCAAUGGAAGCUUUUUCUAGAUAUUUGGGCAUCAAUGGGAUAUUAUCUCUAUGUUGCGUGUUCUGGAUUUUCUCACCAGCAGAGGGGAACCCCAUCUUUGAGGCGGCUGGCAGCAGAGUGAUCCUGCCUUGUAACGAGACAAACAGCACGCUCCACCAGCUGACAUGGAGAAUGAAUGGAUUAUUACUGAUCAGCUUCAAACCACCGGAAGCCCUAUACAUCACUAAAGAAGCUGAAAGCCUGAAGAUGAAUAUAUCUCUGUCAGAGACCCAACAGUACACACUGGUCAUAGACAGAGUCCAGAAGUCUCAUACAGGAAACUACACCUGUGACUCCACCACGUCCGAAGGAGUGCUGGAACAAAAGUGGGAGCUGAUAAUUACAGGACACGAGGAAAACUGGAAUAAGCUGAUUCCUGUGGCAGUUAUUGUUUCUUGUGUGUGUUGCUUGAUCUUUAUAAUUGCUUGGAUCAUUCUGCGAAGAAUCUACAAUCGGCAUGCAGAGAAUGGCAAUCAGUCUCACACUGCAGAAAUGGCGCAGUCAGAGGACAUUUAUGAGAACUGCCUGGAAAUUAAUGUUAGACAACAACAAAAUAAUCAGCAGCCUCAUUAUUACAAGACCAGAGCUUGCUGAUAUUAAAUGCUGAAAAGGAAAGGAAACUGAAGAAAGGAAAUGAGCACACGAACUGCUAUAACAAAUGUGUGAGAAAAAAAAUGAAACCAUCUUUCUUGGACUAUAAACACAUCACAAAAGAAAAGCUGGCUAUUUUAUAUAAUGUACAAUUUUAAACUGCUUUCUCAAGACAUGUAUAAUAAGUAAUGAAGAGCAGAGUAAAUGCUUUAAGGAGCUAUUUGAAAGUUAUGCUAUUGCUAAAUAGUCAGACUUAGCAUUAACAGCUGUUUACUCAACAGUUUUUCCAAGAGCUUCAGCCAUCGUGUUAACAACACAAGGGCAGACUGGACUCUUCAGAAAGUGGCAAGACAGUCCAGUCAGACCAUGGCUAGCUGGUUAGCAUGCUAACUGCAGAAGAAGAAAAGUGAUAGAAAUAAAAGCAAAACAAGAGAGUUGCUUUCCAUUGCUGGAGACACAACUCUUAAAGAGUAAAGGAAUUAAGUUUAAUGCUGAACUCAGAACGUUUCUUCUAGACUGGUAGUUAAACGGCUGUUAACGCUAACAUUGGUUAGCCUAUGUAGUAAUGGCAAGACUUACAAAUUGCUCCUUGAAAGCUGCAUUAAAUGUUUGUCUGAUCACUUAUGCCACCUUUUAUAAAUAAGUUAUGAUAAAUGUCAUCAAACAGUGACCUAUUAAAACUUGAACUGAGAGGAGCUGCAGAUUCA